UUCUGUGGAAAUAUCGAGACAAAAAGAAUAUUAAUAUUAAUAUUCCACUUCCCCAAUGCUUAUUAUAAAUGCGUAUAUUAUUUAUUGAUUUUGUUGUUCCAUAGAUGAGAGCCUACGCCAUGGAAUUCCUUCUGCCAAUUCUCUUCGUCCUUUCCCUCUCCAUCUUCCCAGCCACACCUCAGUUCAUUCCAUUACUAGGUGAUCCAUGUGCAAAUGAUGAUGUGUGCGGAAAAGGGAAGUGCGAGUUGAAUUCAAGUGCAUUGCUGGGAUUUGAUUGUGCUUGUGAUUCUGGUUGGACAAAGAUGGAGUUUUUUGGUCGUAUCUUCACUCCUUGCGUUUUCCCCAAUUGUUCGAGUUUUAAUCCGCCACUACCCCCAAUUCCAGAGUUUAAUAUAACAAGCCCAUGCAAUUUAAUAUGGUGUGGUGAUGGGAACUGUGUUGUGAACGGCACCACACACUACUGUCAAUGUAGCCAUGGCUCCGACAACGUAUUCAAUGCCACUGCAUUACCAUGCUUAAAAAAGGAAUGGUCUCUUGAAUUAGAUUGCGGAGGAGUCCGACUUGGCCAAGAUAGUCCACCUCCUCCAGCCAGCGGAGAAGGGAGUGAUCAAAAUCACAAUUCCUCUCAAGGAAAUGGAUCGUCCAUUAACGUGCCUAAGUUUUCAUGGAGCAAUGGUGCCCUCACUACAAUUCUGUUAAUCACUAUCUUCCUCUUAUUUUGGUAA